UCUGCUGGGUGCCCCCCGUCACCGGGGGUGUCACAGGGCGGGGGGCACCCUCCUGUCCCCAGGGCUUUGGGGACAGGGAGCUCCUCCUGUCACCGGGUGUGUGACAGCACCGGGCAGCGCUCCCGUCUGAGGUGACCCUGCCCGGUGAGGUCCUGUUGUCGCCGGGUGUGUGACAGGACUGGGUGGGGCUCUGCUGUCACCAAAGUCCUCCUGUCACCGGGUGUGACACCGUGGGUGGGACCGUUCUGGCCCCGGCUGGCCGGCCCAGGGAGGGGACCUGGAGGGGACCCUCCUGCCACCUCCUUAAUUCUCCACCCUGAAACCCACCCAGAGCCCCCCACUGUCCCUCCUUGGCUGAUUCUCCCUCUUCCUCCUCGCUGAUUUUAAAUACUAAACCACCUUUUCUCCAAGCUGAAGCCGCCUCCAAGCACCCACAUUAAAUUCCAGGAGCAAAUCCCACAUCCUGGAGGAUUUAUUCCAUCACAUCAACAGCCUUAAAAUCCCUCUGAUCCUCGUGCUGGGGGGAGCCUGGGCUGAUUUUGGGAAGGGCUGGCUCCAGGACGUGUCCCCAGCUGAGGGGACACCGUGAGGAGCAGCAGGUCCAUCCCAACACGUCAGCAGCGCUGGAUGGUGCCAGGGAGGAGCCAGGCCGUGAUGGCACCACAUCUGUCACUCUUUUCCUGCUCGGGAGCGAUCCCGUCUGUGCGACGCCUCACGGCCGACCUUUGGCAGCUGCCGGAACAAAUCCACCUGGAUUUGCCCGUGCUGCCGUUCCCCGUGUCCCCCAGGGCCGGGGUGGAUCCCCUGCGGGGGUUUUGGGGUGUCAGGAGCCCCUCCAGGGGCCUGGAGCUGCCGGGCUCAAAUCCAGCUUUGUCCUGCCUGGACACGCUCUGGGUUUUCCUUCUCGGAAUAUUUUGUUUGCUUCAGGCCAAACUAUCAUCGUUCUCAGGAAUAAAAAUCCCAUUCUGAAGGGAAGGCUGGUGAAGUUUAAACUGGUGGGAAUCCAAACCAGUGACUCUGUGGGCACGAGCUCGCUCUGGAGGGGAUGUGGGAGCCGCAGAAAUGGGAGCUCCACCUGCCCCAGGGUGAAGCUGCCAUCCCCUCUGUCCCCCUGCUUAUUUCAGCCAAAAUUAAAAGCCAUCAAUUAAUUUAUUUUUUUUUUGCUAAAUAUUGAUGAUGGUGAAUGCAAGUCCAAAAGAGAAAGCAACCAUUCUAGGUAGAAUCCAGGCAGAAUAGAGGAUGGAUUUUUAAUUAAUGAGUGUGGAGGUGAUGGGAGCUUCACCUCUGUCUGUACCAGUGCUCAGGAAGUGUUUGGGUAAUUUAGAAUCAAGGGAAAAACUCAUAAGUCUGCAGCCCAUGGAAACUCCUUGGUAAAGGGCUGUGUGUGAAACAUGCAGAUUUAUCCAGGGAAAAAUUUAAUGGAGAGACUGCACAGGAGCCAGAGGGCUGAGGCCUUCCAUUGUGUCAGGAGAAUCUCACUGGAGUGGGAAGUGUCUCUGCUGGGAUAGAACAUUUCUGGGAACGUGGGAGAUAUGGCUCUGAUCUUGUCAGAAAGCCAGCAGAGCCACUGGAGCAGGAUGAUCCAUCGGGAGAGGCUGCUGGAAAAGUGAAGGAGACCUCCAAGAGCAUCUCCCACCGCUGUGGUGGUGACAUCCCUCAUUUUCCCUUUGCUGGCAUCCCUGGUUUUCCCUUCAGUGACAUCCCUUGUUUUUCCAGCACUCCCAGAUGCUGUGGGGCCAUCCCAGGAGACAUCCAAACAGCCUGUGGGUUAUUCCCACAUUUAUGUAACAUUAUUGGCACGUAUCAACAUUUCUCCCAAAUUAGAGUGGAGCUUCCUGAGACCUCUGGAGGUUUUAGGAAGUGAGUAGGCAGCUCUUCCCUAAGCACCUGGAAACACAAACUGUGUGGCCUCCUGUGGAGGGAAAGUCAGUCGUGGCUUCUGUUUUCCACCUUUUUCCAGCUCCAUGGGAAUUGGGAGUUUCAGGGGGAUUUUUCAUGGGUUUAGUGUGUCAGUGGUGCCUCCUCCAGAGCUGCUCUGUGCUCACAGGGAGCUUUUUCCACGUUAUGUUCCUGGCAGGUCGAGGGACAGGGAUGAGCUCUUGAUCACAAUCUCAGCUCUAAAAGUUGAGUUUCUGGUUUCAACUCCCAUUUUCUGGUUUUUCUGACCCCUUUAUUGCCACUUACCCAGCAGUCUCUGUGUCUGCAUCCUGCCAUUCCCCAUCCCUGGGUAUGGAGCUCUGGAAGCCCCCUGGGUCUGCAGGUUUUCCAGGGAGCCUUUGCUAAUUCCCACAUGUUAAUCCCAACUGUUAAUCCCUAAUCAGCCAGAGGAAUUAAUAACUUCUUCCUUCUUUUCCAGGUCGACGCACAAUGAGAUGGAAAAGAACAGGCGUGCCCAGCUCCGGCUGUGCCUGGAGAGGCUGAAGGGGCUGGUGCCGCUGGGGGCUGCGGCCGGGCGGCACACGACGCUCAGCCUCCUCACCAGGGCCAGGCUCCACAUCCAGCUGGAGGACCAGGAGCGCCGGGCGCUGCACCAGAUCGAGCAGCUGCAGCGGGAGCAGCGGCACCUGCAGCGGCAGCUGGAGAAGCUGGGCAUGGAGCGGGUCAGGAUAGACAGCAUCGGCUCCAGCCUUUCCUCCGAGCGCUCCGACUCGGAUCGAGGUGAGAGCCCUCGCCGGGGCGCGGCCGGCGGGAGGCCUGGCCCCGUUGGAACGCCAACCGUUCCCAUUCCUCCGGCAGAAGAGAUGGAUGUGGAUGUGGAGAGCACGGACGACCUCCCCGCCGACCUGGACUGGAGCAGCAGCAGCCCCAGCGACUCGGACGAGCGCGGGAGCCUCCAGAGCCUGGGCAGCGACGAGGGAUAUUCCAGCUCCGGCGGGACCAGGGCCAGGCUGGCCGGCAGCCGUAAGCUUCCCGUCGGGAUAUAGGGAGCUGAUCCCGCGGCCGCCGUCCCCUUGGGAUCCCGUUAGCCAGCACACCGACCCUGCCAGCAUUCCCCGCACGGAAAUACCGAACAUCCCACAGCUCCAGCCGCUCCCGGGGCUCCGUCUGCACCGCCAGCCUCUCUGGCCGAACCUUCUCUGCCAGGCCCGACAUUCCAGCCACGCCUGAAGCGCCCGGGAAUAUCCUGGCAAUAACAGCAACCUCAAGAGCCUUCCCCGGGCUCCUUCCCAGGCUGUCACUGCCCGCUAUUCCCGAUCUUCUCUCCGCUUGGGUGGCGACAUCGUGUUCCUAAUCCUCAGGACCGAAGAAGCUGAGCUUCUGGGAGCAGAUCCGAAGAGAGAGCCGGUCCUUUGUGGAGUUUCCAUCCGUGACAGAGCGGAGCCAGGCCGGGAACACAGAGCAUUUUGGGCACAGGGAUCAGCCUCAGUCGGGGGUUCCUUCCCCCGACUCUAAAUAUUCAGGGACACCCCAUCCCAGCCCUCGUGUCGUCCCGGAGCGUUCCUGGCGUGGGGAGCAGCGCUCAGAGCCAUCCUCACCCCUCGGGUUGGCCUCCUCCGGGCUGGGAAGUUUCUGCCCUCCCUAAACCCGAAAGGGAUGUCCCACCUCCCUUCGUGGCGCGGCAUUCCAGAGCCCUGGAAUUCCUUUUCCACGCUUCUAGUCUCGGGGACAAUUCUUUCUACCUCGGAGGGAGCCCACGGACUCUCUCCACCCCUUCAGCACAAAGAUGAUGCCUCUGCUCAGCAAUAACCCCACGGGACUCCCCGGAUCGUGUCCAUCCCUCCGGGAUUUCCCCAGGCUCGCGGAGGAUUCCAGAAGCCACCACAGGGAGGGAAGCCCUGGGGUCAGGGGGGUUCUGAGCCAGGGCACCGUCAGCUGCCAGUGGUGUGGGUUCGUUUCCCGAUGCACUGGAGGGAGCAUUCCCUGCUCCUAGAGAUGCUCUGGGAAUGUUGACGUGCAGAGAGCUCUGCUUCCAGCACUUUCCUUUUCCCCUGGAGUGCUCCAAGGGCUUUUCCAGCCCCGUGGAUCCGGCCAGGCCCUGGUGAGGAGUGGGCAAGGAGCUCUCCAGGGCUUUUCCCAGCUCUGGGAAAAGACAAACCCUGACCCUCUGCCAGUCCCUUUCAGGAAUCGCCAGUGCUGAAAGGCAUCGAGGUGCUCCAUGGAGUGUGAGGGGAUGAGCAGCAGGAGACUCCAGUGCUUUUUCUUUUCCUUUGUCCUUUCCCCUUUUCCUGUUUCCCUUUUCUCCUUCUCCUCCUUUCCUGCUUUUCCUUUCCUUUUCUCCUUUACUGUUCCCCUUUCCCCUUUUCCUUUCAACACCCCAAUCCCAUUCCUGGCUCACUUAGGGCAGUGGGAAGCCACCCACAGACCCCACAAGUUGCCCAAAUCCCCCAGAUUCUUUUUCCAUUUGCUGUCUCCUAAGAGAAGAAAAAAAAAACCCAAACCACAAGGAAUUUUCCUUUCAAGCUGCUGGAAUUUUCCACCCUCUGGCAUUGCCACAGACCAGGGGUACCUGAGCUCAACCCCCUGCGUGGUCAAAAAGAGGGAAAAAAAGGCAAAAAGAUGGAAAACACUGAGGAAAAGAGGAAUAUCAGCCCGUGGGGGCCGGUGCCUCAGGUGGCUUCUGCCUUCACCUGGGGAAUCCCAGCGGAACCCUCGGGCAGGUGAUUCCCAGCACUGGGAAGGCCCUUCCAGAGGUACAAAGCGUUGAGUUUUGCUUGGUUUUGAACAUCCUGGAGGUUUGGCCUCAGCACAAAUGAGGGGUUUUGGCAGCUUUGUGCCUUUUUGAGUUCCCAAUGCCUUUUUUUUCCCCUUUUUUCCCUUCCUAUCCCAGACUGACCCCUUUGCAGUGUCGGGCUGUGCUCCGGGAACCCCAGAACUCUGCACUAACCCGGAAUCCCCGGGUCCCCAGUGGUGGUGCCAGCCUUACCUGGAAUUCACUGAUCCACCAGCAUUCCUAUCAAAUAAGCUGCAGGAAGGACUUUUUUAUAGGUUGUGACAAAAAUCCAGGGAGUGCGGGGAGUCGGAUUGGGGCAGGGACGGGUGGGAAUCAAAAAUCCCCAAUUUUGGGCUGUUUUUCCUUUCUUUUUCCUUUUGGAAGGCAGAUCCCGAACCACCAGCUCCCGGGAAGCACCAAAAUGUUCCACCCUGAAUUUUUCCAGUGGAGCCAUCCCAUCUCCACUCAACCUUUCCUUUAUCAUUCUUUGGUACAACUCUUUUUUGUGCUUUUCCAUCAUUUCUUUCUGUCCUUUUUGCUUCCCAAGAAGUGGAUCCACCCCAGCCUUGGCUCCGCUGGGCAGUUGGGAGCGGACUCGGAUCCCAUUUCCAGCCGUUCCUGCUGUAAAUAUCCCAUUGUUGGGCUGAUCCCCGUGUCAAGCCAAUAGAAUGGUGCUUUUUUUUAGGAAUUCCAUGUUUUAGGAGAUCUUUGCUGUGUCCAUGGAUAUUUCUGUCUUGUUUGAUUGUUAGGAAAUAAAUUAUUUCGUUAUGAAA